UGUGUGCACGAGUGCGUGCUACGGCUGCUGCUUGUCACUCAUUGUGCCGCGGCGCGAACACGGGUAGCGACAAGGACCAAAAAUCCAUCCUGUAGCAGUUGUUGUCUGUGGAAAGACUGGGAUCUGUUCUCCCACUCAGCACAAACACGCCGUUUGUUCAUCAAGGAGAAUAACUGUAAACGUUACAAUGCUGCAGAUAAGGGACAUCAUCUGGGGAUGGCUUCUCAUCGGCUGUGCAGCUGCCAUUCAGGUGCAAAUCACUCCAUCACAGGGGGAAAUCAGCAUAGGAGAUUCCAAAUUUUUCCUCUGUGAAGUGGUAGGGGAUGCUAAAGAAAUAGACUGGUAUGCCCCCAGCGGUGAGAAGAUCCUUUCCACGUCCACAUCGGACAACCUUUUUGUGAGCCGCAACGAUGAAACCACAGCAACCCUGACCAUAUACCAUGCCAGCGGGGACAGUGCCGGCAUCUAUAAAUGUGUGGCCAAAAACGGGGACAAGGAGGCCCAGGCCACUGUUCAAGUCAAGAUUUUCCAGAAGAUCACCUUCCAGAAUGCCCCCAGCCCACAGGAGUUCAAUGAGGGCGAAGAUGCCGACAUAGUCUGCGAUGUUUUCAGUUCGCCACCACCCAACAUCAUCUGGAAGCACAAGGGCUCCAAAAUCCAACCUGCCAAAGACGUGCGAUACAGAAUCAUGUCUAAUGGCCACCUUCAGAUCCGUGGCAUCAAGAAGAUAGAUGAGGGCAACUACGACUGUGAGGCUCGUGUCAUGGCCAGGGGAGAAAUUGACUUCAGAAUGAUGAAGGUCAUCGUCAAUGUGCUUCCCACCAUCCGGGCCCGGCAGUCUGAGGUCAAUGCUACAGCAGACAUCAGUAGCACGGCUUUGUUGGCUUGUGAUGCAGAUGGCUUCCCUGAACCCACCGUUACCUGGGCACACAACAAUGUCGUCCUUGAAACGGGUGAUAAGUACAGCCUGAAUGAGGAUGGUUCUGAAUUGGUAAUAAAGGAUGUCAAGAAGGUGGAUGAAGGAGAUUACACUUGCAUUGCCAAGAACAAGGCAGGAGAGAAAACUGAGGAAGUCAGCCUGAACGUGUUUGUGCAACCCAAGAUCACCUACUUCAAUAAUCAGACAGCAUCAGAGUUUGAUGAGCAGGUCACCCUAACCUGCGAGGCCUUGGGUGACCCUACACCCACCAUCUCCUGGAGUUUUGGAAACAGGGUCUUCACCGAAGGAGAGCAGGCUUCUUGGACGCGACCAGACAAAUAUGAGAGCCUUGAUAGGAACGUUGUGGUACGCAGCCAUGCUCGGGUGUCCUCCCUCACCUUGAAAAAUAUCCAGUUCACAUAUGCUGGCCAGUAUCUCUGCACUGCCAGCAACUCCAUCGGUCAUGACAGCCAGCACAUGUACCUGGAAGUACGCUAUGCUCCAAAGAUCCUUGGUGCUGUGACAGUUUACACAUGGGAGGGAAACCCAGCCAACAUCAGCUGUGAGGUGGAUGCACACCCCGGAGCCUCAGUGGUUUGGUUUAGGGAUGGUUUCCAGCUGCCGAGUCCCAACACUACCAACAUAAAGAUCUACAACACGCCGACCAUCAGCUACCUGGAGAUUUCACCUGAUUCUCAGAACGACUUUGGGAGCUACAACUGCACAGCGACCAACACCAUGGGCACCGAAUCCAAGGAGUUCCUUCUUAUCCAAGCAGAGGUGCCCUCAUCACCAGAAAUCCAACAGGUGGAACCUUUCUCCAGCACAGCAGUGGUAGAGUUUGACGAGCCUGACUCCAUGGGGGGAGUGCCCAUCAUUAAGUACAGAGUGCAGUGGCGUCUGCCUGGGAAGGGAUGGACCGGCAAGGAGUAUGAUGCUGAGGAUGACAUGAUGAGGAUCACCAUCGUUGGCCUGAAACCAGAGACCACCUAUGAGGUCAAGAUGUCUGCCAUCAACGGCAAAGGCGAAGGCGAGAGCAGCCUUGCCAGCACUUUCAAGACAGAGCCAGUCCAGUAUUUCACAAUUUCAUCAGCAAGUCCACCCUCUAUUGGUGCCACCAGUAUGGCCCUUAAAGGGGAGCCCAUAGCCCCAAAACUAGAGAUCAUGGCUCAAAACGGAGGCAAAUCUCUGAGGAUCAACUGGAUCAAGCAGGACGAUGGAGGUUCUCCCAUUAAACAUUACCUGGUCAAAUACAAGGCUAAGCAUGUAUCUGCUUGGAAACCAGAGCUCCGCCUCCCCCAUGGCAGCGAAUACAUACUGCUGAGCGGCCUGGACUGGAAUACAGAGUAUGAGGUCCAUGUGGUGGCCGAGAAUCAGCAGGGCAAAUCCGAGCCGGGCAUAAUUUCCUUCAGAACAGCCAUGGAGCCCACUACCAUCCCAGCUACCCUGGGUUGCCAGUGUGUGUCAUACACUGUGGCGACCCUCCUGCUGUCCCUGCUGACUCUGCUCUGGCUCUCAUAAACUGAUUUCAUGGAAGGAGAAAGAGGACAGUCUGAGCCUGUCACGUCUUUGGGUCCAGACUCCUUUGCUUUCUAUGCCUUUUGACCCUUGUGCAGUCACACACAAGAUUGAAACACAAAAAAAUAUAAGAAAAAAGAAAAGAUGAAGAGUCAAGACAUUGGUUUCAUGGUGUUAUUACAGGGUGCUCAGUACUUUCAUUGUUCUCAAGCUUGUGUGUUUUUAGGUUCUGUUAAUAUUUUGUUUCCAUCAGAUUCAGUAAAGAGGAGAUCUGAGGGUUUGUCAGUGUUAUCAGCGGAAGAUGGAUUGAUCUAACAUAGUAGUAUGCUCGCAUUGUUUUAGAUUUGGUUUAUAACACAUUCAUAAUGCCUUGGGCCGAGAAUAUACUUGCUGUUAAAUACACACACGCUUGUGUAUCAUGGCUGCCUCACAUGGUGUGUGUUUGUUUGAAGCAUCAUAAAUGCAAAUCCUCAGAAAUGAACUUGCAAGCUGCAAUAUGCAAGAUCACCAGAAGGGGCAGUGUAGGGACUAGUUUGACCGGUUUUAAGGUCACAGAGUUGACAGCAGUAAAAUAAAUAAAUAACAUUUUCUCGCAUUCACAGAAUGAGCCAGGCAUGCUCACCACUGAGACGGUUUGAUUGGUUCAGAGUCUCUACAUACCAUCUACAACACCCCUGCUGUUGGUUUUUUCUCUAUUAACCAAAAGCUAACUUUCCCUAGCGUCACCAUGUUUAAUGUUUCGUUUGCACCUUAAAAUUGUGUCAACUCUAUCUGGUCUGAGGUCUCUAAUGUACUCCCUUAGUACACAAGCAAGUAUGUGAACAUAUGCUCUCAAUGGAGGCAGUUACCUAUGACAACAUGAGGGUGAACAGCAAGUACAUUCUCAGCCUCACUGGUACCUGAAAAGGGGCGAUAGAUGGAAAAACCACCUAACAUGGUCUCAUCAUGUGUCUGCAGUGUUUUAAGCGGACAGAUUUUUUAUUUCAGGUUUCAGACAUACCGCUCCACAAUGACGUAAAAGCAUGACCACGGCAUGAAAAGCUGAUUCAUGGCAUGAUCCAGAGUUCAUGAUUGUGCUGUGCAGCUGCUUCAAAACUCCCCAGUCAAGCAUUAUGAAUGUGUUCAAACUGGAGGCGAGAAACAAAUGCUGUGCCUAAUUUCUGUUGGUUUUUUUUGGGUUCUUUUGGAUAGAAAAAGAGGGAAAGUGACAUUUGCAAAGAAAUCUAAGCACUGGUUUGUGGUCAUAGUACUUGUUUCUUACUUGUCCACAUUACAGUAUGUGAUGCUUAUUUUCAAAAUGCAUUGUUAUGUAACCGCCUUGUCAGUGGAGGGUGGAAAGUUGUUCACAAAAAAAUUAAUAACUAAUCAUGUUUUGUGACAAAGUGUACAUACUCUUUUCAAACUUAUAUUCAAGAAAUACGAGAAAUCAGCUGUUAUUUUGACAAUUCAUGUUCUCUUUUUACCUGAAAACAGAAAAAUGAAAAUGCAACAGCUGUUAAAUCACUCGAAAUUUCAUUUUCACGAAUGUGAAAUUAUUUUAUCCUCUGAGAAUUUUUUUAUGUGCAUAUCAAUGUGUUUCCAUGUGACCACUGUAGGGUUGAAAUAAAUUCUUUCUCUUUCAAGACAGUAACGGCUUUCUAAACAUGUGGAGAUAAGUGUCACGAUGCUGGGUUGUUUUUGUUUGUUUUUUUGUCAGACUGUUCUGGAAAGCUGAUUGUGAAGUUGAUUUUGGUCCUUAUUUCUCUGGAAAUGUAACAAAAUGUCUGUAUUCUGCAUCCAGUGUUACAUGACUGUUAAACCCAGAUGCUGAAACUGAAAGAGAUAAACUAUCCUUUCUGAAGCAAACAGGAACAAAUGGUAAACUGUAUGACCCGACGCUUUGCAGCAGCACAGAAUGAUGGCUGUUUUUAACAUGCAACCAAAGCAUUAGCUGAAAAUGAUUAAGCUGAUGUAGCAGCAGCUACUGAACCCUGAUGGUUUGCUGGGCAGA